GUGCGUUAAAAAGCAUAUUCAUUCGACUGUUUGUCUAUCGUAGUUCCAUUCGUCUAAUAACAAAUCACCAGUAAUAUUCAGCUUCAAUUAUUAUUGUUUAUUUAUCCAUUCAACUAACUAUCUUCUACUCAACAAUUAUUUAUUAUCAUCAUCAUCAUCAUUAAAUAUGUGGAGGAUAUUAACAACAGUUUAAUUGAAUUUUGUUAGAAAUUGAUUUUUCUUCUUUGCAUCCAUCAAAUAUCAUAUUGAUCUUCUGGCUAAUUUAUAUUAUUUUUGAAAUUGUUUAGAAAAAAAAAAAAACGUAUUACAUUGUUUUUUAAGACAUUCGCAACCGAGUUAAUACAUGUAUAACACAAGUGCUUGCAUAAAAUAUUAAUAAGACGAAAACGAUAAAAGAAAAAAAAAGCAAACCAAUUAUUAAACAUGUUAUACGGUGGUCCUCUUGGUACUUAUCUCAGUGGUUUAUCAUCAUCAUCAUCAUCAUCUUCGCCUAGCGCAACAUCACAUCUGAAUACAUCAAGUUCAUUCUAUAAUCCAUCUAGUAGUAGUACAACUUAUUAUCCUGGAGCAAUAAGUGGAUUAAGACGUAGCAGUUCAAGAUAUCGGAAUUCUAUGAAUGGCAGCAGUUUAUCAACAUCAACAACAUCCAAUUCAUUAAAUACUACUAACAGUACCCAUAUCAGUAACAGUGGUAAUAAUAAUAGUAGCAGUAGUGGUAUAAGUAGUAGUAGUAGUAGUAGUAGUGGUACUGUGAGUGGAACUAAUCCAUAUUCAUCUUAUUAUACGCCCCCAGUAAGAAGAAAAUAUGGAACACCUGAAACGGAUCCACCAAAGCCACCAUCACGAUAUUUAACACGUACACAAGGUCUUUCAAGUAAUUCCGGAAGUGGUAUUAGCAGUGUUGGUGUCGGUAGUAGUUGUACUCCAACUGGAACAUCAACUUCAUCUUACUCAGGACUUCCACAAUAUCCACGUAGAUCGCCAAAUAAGAUUAGUUCCAGUACAAGUUAUGCAGUUGGUGGAAUAGGUACUAGUUCAUCAUGGAAUUCCGAUUUGAGUAGUGCUGCAAGUAAAACACCUAAUUACAAACAUUUAUACGAAGAAGAGAAAAUACUAACGAAUAGUUUACGUGAAGAAGUGAAAGCUGCUCAAAAAGAAUUAAAAGAGUUAGAAGACUCCUUAGAAAAUUCAAAUAGUAGACGAAGACCUAGUGAGGUUGAACAAAAGAAAAUGGAAAGGCGAAUUUCAGAAUGCGAACAAGAACUCAAAUUACUUGAAAAAUUACGUGCUGAAUCUGAAAAACUGCAUGCUGAACAUCGAGCACUUAUCCGAGUGGUGUCACGUUUAAACAGAGAACAAUGAACAAUAAUAUCUCGUGGCAAUUUAUCAAUCUAUCUAUCUAUCUAUCUAUUCAUUUAUUUCUUUAUUUAUAUUUAAUCAACUUGAAUAGUGAACAAAAUUGUUCUGUUUUCUUCCUAAAAUAUGAUAAUUAUUUAUACAUAGAA